AAUUCAUUCGAUCACCACGACUCAAACAAACAUCACGUAAUAGGUUAUCAUGUCCAAAGCCUCCAAGAAGGGUCGCCACGAGUGUGUAUGUCAGACUGUCGAUGCCUCACAGUGUACCAUGCCUCCACCCACACCGCCUGUUGUAGCUAAUGCCUCGUCUGGAGGGUAUCCGACCAUGGGGUACCCGGGGGGAGGACCCCACAGUAUCAACGACCCUCCAGUGCCCGUUAUUGCACCAAUAUCUGGAGGAAUAUUCCCAGGGAAAAUGAUUUUCAUUAGUGGAGUACUAAAUCCCAAUGCAGAAAGAUUCACCAUCAACUUGAUGUGCGGUCCCUAUGACGGUAGUGACAUCGCUCUGCAUUGUGACGCACGCCUCCGCGUUGGCAGCGAGGUUGACGUUUUCGUGAGGAAUUCUUUCAUGGGCGGUGGCUGGGGAGGUCAGGAGACACACAGCCCAAAUUUUCCCUUCAUGCCUAAUGACAGCUUUGACAUGCUCAUACUUGCAGAGAAAGACAAAUUCAAAAUUGCUGUCAACAACCAACACUUGGUGGAGUACAACCAUCGUCUGCAACCACUGAAAAAAAUCGACACCUUGAAGAUCACGGGUGAUGUCCGAAUAAAACAAAUCCGCUUUCAGUAAUGACGUCAUUGGUUAAGCGUUGUAGUGUUCAUCUGACUACUAGUAUAUUCUGUAGUUACAAAACUAAUAAUGUGGCCGACUUGUUCACUCCAUAUUAACAAAAAACAAUCAUGGAAAAUAAUAGGGUUUUUUUCUUUUUCUUUUGUGGAUAUUUUGAUACAUAUAAUAGAAAUGGGUUUGUUGGGGUGAAGGUGAGUGGCGUCUGUUGUUGUUGUCGUUGUUAUUGUUGUUUUAGGUUUUUUUACUUGAAAAGAAGUAACAGGAUGAUAUGUCGAUGGAAUAUUUUAUAAAAUUUAAUAAAACUUCUUAUGGAUCUUUU